GCGGAAAGCGCGAAGCAGGUUCGAUUUUGGCUCUAGUAAUUUCUGAUAAUAUUAUUAAGCCUUAUGUGCAUAUGGUUAUCACCGCCCCCCUGUAGUCUUGCUGUUUUUCUUUCACGCUCUCUUCAUUGAAUGUGUGGAUAAUCAACUAGCAGACAAGAAUUGUGGUUGCUAGUUCAGGAAAGUCCAUUAUAUAACCGGUAAGGUCGCUCUCCUCUGGAGGUACUUCCCUACUGGAUGGCCUCACAAGUAGACGCUAAUAGCUACGUAAGAGGUGCCAUGACAUGACAUUUCCAUUCCCUUUCUCACAAAACCCAGCAGCUAUUAUCACCGCGCCAUGCCGUGCUACAGACGCAAUUACACCGGCAGUCGCGAGUCCUUUACCGGCACCGGCACUCACAGACGACCGCGAAGUGAUAGAUCGUUUAGCCCUGAAUCUCGACCUGGAUGUAGCGAAUAUAUGGUCGACGUGGU